GCCACCAACUGACCAACUGGCAAGCCGCGCGCACGGUCUCCAUGGACAGAGCUCGCCGGAGUAAUGGCGCGUGGGAGAUCGACCUGUUCCGUCCCGGGCCGAGCACGGCGCGCUCCGACCGCUGCGCGAAGCUGCUCCUGCUGUGGUCGGCGGCCGUCGCAGUGCCCGUCUUGGUGUUCGUGCUCGCCGGCUACGUCUGGGGCUCCGUCGCCACGGCCGUGGUCGUGGUCGCCUUGAUCUGGUUCACGUGCUGUUACUACAGGGCCGCGCCGCCGGAGCCACCGCUCCUACCUGAGCACCUCGGCGCGCUCCGCGUCGACGUGCCGGUGGGGCAGCCGCGGCCUGGGCAGGUCAACGGCGUCGGCGGGCUCAGCCAGGAGGACGUCGAGGCCAUCCCGGCGUUCGAGUACCAACGCAAGAAGGGGGUGCCGGCGGAGCAGUGCGCGGUGUGCAUCAACGUCGUGCGGGACGGGGAGACGGUGAGGAGGCUGCCGGCGUGCGGGCACGCGUUCCACGCGCCAUGUGUCGACGGGUGGCUGCGCGCGCACGCCACGUGCCCGAUGUGCCGUGCCGACGUCAAGGUUGCUGCAAGCGAGCCACCAACCUGGGGAAGUGAUCUUUAAUACCGGUCAGUUACCGAGCAUCUCACCGGUACCGCUUGUUCGGUACGCCAUUUAGUACCGUCCAAAAUGCCCGAUAGUAAAUGCAUCAUUUAGUACCGGUCGGUGUUACCGACUGGUACUAAAUAGUACUCCACGGGUACUAGUGUUAUUGUCCGGUACUAUAAAGCCUCCAAGGAUCGAAAAUUUGUACUAAUUUCGCGCGUUAGUAUCGGACGAAAAGCUGUUCGGUACUAAUGUCAAGGACGAAUGCUCAUAUUUCUAGUAGUGAAUGGAGGUGGCGGUGUAGUUGUAGUACUGGGACAGGGACAACACUUGUCAAAUUGUGCAUUUGUAACUUUGUAUCUACGAUUUGUCAAUUUAGUGGACUUUUGGAUAAUUGGGUUUCA